AUGGAACGAAGCCACGGUCGUCGCUCACCCGACGAGGUCCGUUACCCUCACAUUGUGCUCAACGUGCUUGGACAGAGUUACAGUAGCGCAUGCAUCGAAGUCGGAAGCACGCGGGUCGUUUGCGCCGUACAUCACCCACAACAACUAAUUGAUGAGUACCGCGGGAGUCGAGGACGUGUUGCCUGUACAGUGCGAAGGUCCUCUCGCGCGCAAAAGCAUGAAUUAGCAUUUCGAGCAGACGUCACACCAGAAAAAGACCUGGCCUUGGCGUUAGAAGGUGUAGUUGAGCAGGCAGUUGUGUUGGAGAAAAUACCGCAGCUGUUGGUGGAGGUUGCGGUAGAGAUCCUCGCAGAGGAUGGCGGGCUUUGGGACGCGAUAGCCACGGGUGUGUGUGCCGCACUGGCGAGUGGGGGAUUUGAAAUGUACGACACUUUUUCCGCCUGCGGUGCCGCGCUCCUGCCCGACGGCUCCAUCGUGACCGAUCCCAGCGCCACCGAGUGGAACACUGCUAAGGCCACGGCGGUCACGUGUGCCAUGUUGAACUCAGGAAAUAUGUGCUUCACCGCGCAGCGGGGGUCGUGUGAGCCGACCACUGCACUCGACCUUGUGAUGGCUGCUUUGAAGGGAACCUUGGCGCGUAAGAAUGUCAUCUCAUCUCAGUUGUGCGAACAGUUUGCAUUUUAG